AUGCGCUUUCAGGACGAAUGGUCGGGCGCGUCGCUGCCCGUGGACUCCAUAGAUGGCGACGGGCUUCACGGGCUUCACCGCGUGGCUCACGUGGAGUACGCAGAAGGCCGCAACUUGGAGGUCUUCCAGAGCUGGCUCAUGCUGGGCGCUGAACACGGUGAUCACGGUGAGCCUCGGAGCCACGACGGACCUGGCAAAGCCGAUCGAGAGGAGAUGCGGGAGAUGCAGGGCUUCUUUCAAGCCUACGAGACCAGGGCACCCGACGCUUCUGAGCGGACCACGCGCCGGCGCCAGCGCGGCGAACCGGCGAAUCGAGCUGUGCUGAAGAGAGUCCAUCAGCAGAUGAGCCAAAGCGGCCAGGCAGUUCCAUUGGAGAAGUUUGUCGAAGAGAUCCCAGGCCUUGGGAAGUCGGGGCAGUUCCUUCCGUCACUGAUGACGCAAGUCCCUGGACUCCGCGAGGUCUUCGGCUUCAUGGAGGUGGUUGACACCACCUUGGAUAGCCUGGACACACAAGUUGCAGUAAUUGAUCCAAUGCAGAAGUCCAAGAAGCUCCGCCUGGAUGUCAGCAAGGGCAAGAGCAAGACCGGGGGCAUGCUGUACGUUCGCGCCCUCUUCAUGCAGCCCAUUGUGCCUUUCGAGCAGCUCACUGUCGCCAAGGAGCUCGUGGAUUCCGGCGCUGCCAAGAUCAUGAACGGCCUAGCUGCGGGCCAGGCGGGCUCCCUCAUCAAGCGAACAAAGACCGGCUCCGGGUGCAAGGAAGACGCAAAGGAGCUGUGCGAGAAGCUGUCCAAGAUAGCUGACAUCCAAUCCAACGGCUUCGGGGAGACCCGCCUCCUCGUCCUCAAGGAAGGCAAGAAGCAAACCUUGGAUGCAUGCACAACGAAUGCGAACGUGGGCCUCCUGGUGGCGGCCAAGGACGGUGUUCGCCUGACGGUCGCUCAACAGGAGCCCACCGUCUUGAAAGCUGGAGAGCCGGUGGCCUUCGACGUUUGCCUGGAGGCGAGUCUCCAAGCUGACGAGAAGGUGCCGGUGCUCUUUGCACAGGCCUGGCACCCCGAGUUCGCCGCGGUGGAGCGGACCACCGAGCUCAGGGCGAGAGCUUCGGCUUUCGGCUUGUCUGAAGACGAGGUGAAAGCAGCAACCAAGGUGGUCAAUGACCAUGCGAAGUCGGCAUGGGAUAAGAGCGCCAAGCACUGGCGCGCAACGUCCAGUGGCCUCGAGUCGAUGAGGAAGUCGCUGCAGGCUCAAGAAGAGGACAAGGCGAAAGCCAAGGAAGCAGCAGAAGAGGCGAAGAAGAAAGAGGAGGAGGCCAACGACGAAGACCGCAAGCGAUCCUUGCAGGAGCUCGAGCGAAAGCGCGCAGAGAAGCGGCGCCAGCAAGAGGAGGCCGAAGCAAAGCGGCUGGCGCGCAAGAAGCAGCUGGAAGAGGAGAGGGCGAAGCGUGACCCCUGGCUCCUCUUUCCAGAGGUCGUUGAGGCUGAGAAGAAAGUUGAGGCAAGACACAAGCCAGGCAAGCAGAAAGGCUUUGAAAGAGUCAUGGGCACCCAGUCGCAGCUUCUAAUGGACCGGAUGGACGUCCGUGCUCGGCCCCUGAGAGCUCUGGUCCUCGCGGUGGGCGUGGUCUUUUUCCCGGCCCUGCUGAGCUUCGUCGCGCCCUUCGCGCCGCAGGGGGCCCACACGGCCCGCACCGCCCAGACCGCCCAGACCGCCCAGACCGCCCUCCGCGCCUUCAGCUGGGAUGCAGAAGAGCCCCCAGCCCUCCCGGAAACGCCGGAGGAGAUGCUCCAGCAGGCUGCAGACGCAGUGAUGCGGGCUUACAGGGAUGGCAAGACCAGGCAAGCAGUAAGGCUUCGACUGGAUCAGCUGUUUGACAUGGAGUCCCUCUAUGUCAAGGGCAUCGAGGCGUUGCAGUUGGCGACCACGCCAUACAUGGAGACCUUUGUCAAGAAACUCUGGGGAGGCGAGUACCUCAAGGAAAUCAGGACAUCCGUGGUGGAUGAGCAGGCCGGCACGCUGAUCUACCGCGAGUCGGAGAACGAGCUCCAGGACAUGGCCGUCAUGUUCCUCCCAGGUCGGGACCUGAUGGCGGAGCCCAAGACCCAGAACUUCAUCCGCAAGAUGACCGACAGGUUGGUGGUGAUCCUGAACUCCGAGAACGCGCAAAGCGACUUCCGGGUGGACUACAAGGGCAUGGACUGGAGUGACUACACGAGCUUUGGCGUGCAGAUUAGCGAGAUGUUCAGCGAGCAGUCCUACUACUACAGCUACGGCCCCUUUGAGUCGUGGCAGCUGACCGUCUUCCGGGCGUAUCCUUUUAACUGGGAGAUUUACAUCGAAGACCUUGAAUACAACACGGUGAAGAUUUUCGACAGCCCCUACAAGCCCACGUCCAACCAGGUCGUGGCCAGACUCUUGCAGUAUGAGGAGAAGAACAAAAUCCCAACCUUCAAGAAGAUCGGCAAGUACAUGAAGGACACCAUGCGCCAGGAGGAGGCGAGUGAGGAAGCCGAGCCAGGCUGGCGGGCUUCCGCAAGCCCCGAGGAGAUGGAGGAACGGCAGAGGCAGAUGGAGAAGCGAGCCAAGGAGGAGGACCUCAAAGAACAAAGGCGAGAUGCCAACGCCAAGCUGGAGUUUGACUUGUCCAACUCCCUGACGAAGGAGAUCUCAGCGGCCGAGCGGGCUCUCAAGUCAGCCAUCAAGAAAGCCAAGAAGGCCCACAAGAAGGGCGAAGCUCCCGGGCCGAGCGGUCCCAGCGGUUCCAGCGCCCCGGACGUCUCAAAGAAGGACGCACCAGGAGGCGGCGAAGAUGCCAAGGUCAAAGAGUCAAAAGAGCUCAAGGCAAAGCUGCAGGAGCUUGGAGCAAUAUUGCAGGAUAACUCCGAUGCGCCCGUGGGAGGCUCCACAGAGCAGACCAGCAAAGAGACCAAAGAGGGAGAGAAGGAGAGAGACCCCUCUCUCGGCAUCAAUGAAGCCCCAAGCCUAGACUCGGCGGCAAAGCGGCCGGUUGACCAGAUCAAUCAACAUCAGAUCCGCCUCUCAUUCUCUAUCAUUUUUGCGUUCUUCCAAAGGUACCGCUUCGACUUGUACGUGCGCUACACGGUGGAGAUCGAUCUGCCCAACCUUAUCUCCACGAUGGACGCGCUGAACGGAAUCGCCAACAGGGAGUUCGCCUACAUCCUCAGGGAGUUCACCAAGCUCCAGAUGUACAGCUGCAGCGGGCCCCCCACCGGCUGGAGCAGCCAGGUCUUAAGCAGGCUGCAGAGCGACCAAGACUUGGCUCAGUACAUGUCCGCUCUGCCUGCAGGAGGGCCUGUGUUCGAGGUUCACAUGCCGGACGGCUUUGAUGCUGGCGCGUGGUACCAGAGCAACAUCCAGAACUACCAGACCCACAUCCAGAAGCUGACCGACCAGGUCCAGAACCUCAGGCAGCAGGGCCAGGGCCUUCAGCAGGGCUUCAUGCUGCUGCAGCAAGUUGCCCCGAUCAGCGACGACCAGGUCUACACCGUCGUCCACAAGUACGGACAGGGAGUUCACCCAGCGGUCACGGCGAUGACGGGCAAUCCGGAAGACCUCUUCUCCAACCAGCAGGGCUUGCGUGUAUUGUCGUACUGGGGCUCCGACCCCACGCGAAUGCAGGAUGUUUACCAGACGGGGGGCUUUCCGCCCGUUCUCCACGCCAUGCAACAGUUCCCUGAGGAUCCCGGCGUCGGCCGGUAUGGGGUCCAGUUCCUGUCCCAUGCAGCCAACACCAGCACGGAGCACAUGCGGGAAUUGCACCACCUGGGAAGUAUUCCGAUUGUCAUCAAGCAGAUGAACCAGUUCCCGCAGGACAACUUUCUGCAGCAGUACGGGUGCCAAUACCUUUGUUCCAUGGCUCAAAUACCGGAGGUCCGGGAUGAAAUCCUGAAGGGUGGUGGCAUCCGGCCGCUGAUCGCGGCGAUGAACCACUUCGCGCAGGACGCGGUGAUCCAUCGCUACGCCUUGUCGGCGUUGUCUCCCCUGGCCGCCGGCAUACAGUGGCGUGCGCAUAGCGUACAUCCGGAGUAUGCCACGCAGGUUGCAAUCAGCGCGUUGCAGAUGAUCAACGAGUUGGCGAAGCACGAGGGCUGCAAGGACGCCCUGGUCUCGGCCGGCCUUAUUCCCGUGCUCCUUCAAGUCAUGCAGGCCCAUGCCGCCAACCCUCAUGUCCAAGCGCUUGGACUGAAAUGCCUCGCCACUCUUUGCGGGAAUUCUCCGUCCAUUCAGGCUGGCCUGUUCCAGGCACAGGGGAUUCCUGCGAUCCUCAACGCCAUCCGGUCCGCUGCAGACACAAGGUCCACAGAUGAAGGAACAGUGGAACUCAUCACAGAAGGGAUGAACCUGCUAGCAGCAAUCUCGACGAACCAGGAGUGUCGUCCACAAAUUAUGCAGUAUGGUGGUAUCGAGAUCACUUUGCAGGUCAUGAGAUUCUUCAUCGACUUCCCUCUGAUCCAGGAGCACUGCCUUCGGAUUCUCUCAGGCCUGACACUUUGGCCGGAGGCGGCUGCUAAGCUUCUUCAGGCUGGCUACAUCGAUUGCAUCAUUGCUGCAAUGGCCAAGUACCCCGAGACACAGGGUGUGCAGAUGAGCGGCGCCUAUGCCCUGGGCAUGGUGGCUGGUUCAGACGAUGCCAAGGUGGCUGUCAUCAAUGCCAAAGGCAUUGAAGCUCUGGUGACCGCCAUGUAUUGGCAUCCGAUGGACCAGCACGUGAACGAGCAGGCAUGUGCAGCUCUCUCCAUUCUGUGUGAGGCCGACCGCGGCAAGGCGAUCCUGGCCAACACCGUGGCAGGCGAAGAGAAGGUGCCGGCUCCGGAGGUGAUCACCAACUCGAUGCGAAACAUCUACACGAUCGCGAACCCUGUGAAGCAGAUGGUCAAGGACUGCUCCCGCGCCUACAUGAUGUGCUGCGGUGCUCGUUCGCACUACCGGGAGGAGUACGUGGAAGACCGGGUGCCGCUGAUGGCGACCACGGCGGAGGCAGAGGAAGUGGUGUCAAGAGUCCGCCUGGGCAAAGUUCCCAGCCCACCAGGCUCACCGGACGCGGUGGCUGCUGUGGCUCAGAGGCUUCCCAGGCUCAAAGCGGCCCAGUGGAAACCACAGGUGCCCCGGAUGCCGGAGCUGCGAGGCGUCGUGAGACGGUGCGAUGAGGCUCAGCGCGCAGUCCGGAGCCCCGUCCCAGCUCAUUUGGCUCCUCACGCCAGAACGUUGCAGCCGCUCCAGUCCCCUGACUUCCUAGACUGUCGUCCUGGAGCCUCUCCAGGUCCGAACGUCUCAGUGAAGGAGUUCGACCUGCUGACUCCAACUUCUUUGUGCACUGUCUUGGAAAAUGACCUCCGGCAAACCCCGCAAAGAGCCAGGUGUCCGUUGGAAGAAAUGCCAAUGCGAACGCCAGAGUCCAUUGUGACGGAGGUUGCUGCAGAAGUGGUUCACCCGCUUGAAGUCACGUCAGAGAAGAGGGAGGCCGAUGUUGGCAUCGGCCUUUUUGUGGCUUUAUGGCUGGUGCGCACUCUCUCUUCCGUUGAUGCAAACUCCUUAGCUUCUGCGCAGCUCGUGGCCAUCGCGGGACUGGACGAAGCGAUGCGACGGGGCCUCAUCCAGGCCUUCACCAUCAACGGCAUCGUCCAAGUGCUGCAGGUUCACGCCGAGAACUCGGCCGUCGUGUUUUACGCGUUGAAGGCCACCGUGACUCUGGGCUACCCACACCCGCCACCGGAGAUGAUCCACGUCUGCGAGAGCCUUCUGGAUCUCGUCCUGGCUGUCAUGCGAGCCUUUCCAGGAGAAGCCAGGAUCCAGGAGACGGGCUGCGAGGUCUUGUCCAUCCUUGCGCGGGUGGAGGCCAUGCAGGACCCCAUCAUCACAAAAGGUGGGAUUGCGCUGAUAUGCACAGCGCUCAAGUCCUUCCAAGCUGACACGGGCAUCCAAAGAAAAGGAUGCCGCGCCUUCGCCAACCUUGGUGAGUUCCAGACCUCCCGGGAAGCUAUCCGCCGCGAGGGCGGAAUUGAGCUCAUCAUCCUGGGCAUGAAGUACCACGUCUCCCAUCCAGAGGUUGGGGAGCAGGGAUGCGCCGCCAUCGCCAACCUGGCCUUGGACGAGGCCAAUCGCACUCAUAUUGCUCAGAACGAGGGUGUCAACGCGGUUCUCGCAGGCCUGCGACUUCAUCAGUCGCAUCCUGGAAUCCAGGCCUUUGGCUUGGGUGCGCUUGGAAACCUGGCCACCGCAGAGGAUAACUGCGCCGUGAUCCUCAAAGCUGGGGCGGUGGACAUGGCCGGAGUCAGAGAUCUCCUGUGCGCACCGGUCCCAUCUGUCCCUGCCUGCGCUCUGAAGCAGGUCAUGCAUGCCAUGGCCUCCUGGACAGACGAGCCUCGGGUGCAGCACUUCGCCUGUCUGGCCUUGUCCAACUUUGCCCACGACGACGCCAACAAGGUCGCAAUCGGCCGGGCAGGUGGCAACAAGAAGAUCAUCUCCUCAAUGCAAAGGCACGCUGACCACGCCGGCGUGCAGGAGCAAGCAUGCGGUGCUCUGGCCAACCUGGGUGUCAACCAGCAAAACAUGGUUGAGAUAGCGCAGCUAAGCGGCAUUGAACUUGUCAUUGCCUCGCUGAAAAGGUUUCCCACAGAGCCUGGUGUACAGGAGAACGGCUGCUUUGCGCUCUCCAAGUUCCUGACAAUGCCAAAUGAGUCGUACCGGCAGAGAAUGAAGCAGGGGGAUCUCGAGGCGGCUUCUCCAAGUCCUCGCGCUGUUAUUUCAUUUUUGACUCAUAUUGACCCUAGUCACUCGGGAAGUCAGAAGGGCUCGUGUCUUUCGCAAAUGCCUCCGGGUGUGCACUCAGCAUUCAGCAGUGCAGCGUCUGAGCUGCCUCUCAGCCACUUGGCUCCGAAAUGA